GCCCUCUGAGAUACGGUCCUUUCCUAGCUCCUAUCCUGGGAAAGGCUUUAUCCUCAGGAUGCAAGGGCACCUCCUCCUUCCUCUGGAAAGUGCGUAACCAUAUCCAAAGCUCGAAGCCUUUCAGUUGCUCUGGGGUGCAGAACUAUCAGACAUGCUGAAGAGGACCCUGCUGUGCGCGCUGUUGGGGCUGCUGCGGGCCCAGUCCCUCCCCUGCCCACGAGCCUGCAAGUGCGUCUACCGCGACUCCGUGCAGUGCUCAGGGGUUAGCGUGGCAGGCAUCGCUGAGCUGGGCCUGCCCACCAACCUCACGCACAUCCUGCUCUCCCGAAUGGGCCGCGGAGCCUUGCAGAGUCACAGCUUCCGCGGCAUGACCGUCCUGCAGCGCCUGAUGAUCACAGACAGCCACAUCUCUGCCAUUGCCCCCGGCGCUUUCAAUGACCUGAUCAAACUAAAAACCCUCAGGCUGUCGCACAACAAAAUCACUCACCUCCCUGGGGCCCUCCUGGAUAAGAUGCUGCUUCUGGAACAGCUGUUUCUGGACCGCAACGCACUAGGGAGCCUCGACCAAAGCAUGUUCCAGAAGCUGGUUAACCUGCAGGAGCUCUUUCUGAACCAGAAUCAACUCACUUUCCUUCCUGCUCGUCUCUUCACAAACCUGGGGAACCUGAAAUUGCUGGAUGUAUCGGGGAACAACUUGACCCACCUCCCCAAGGGACUGCUUGGAGCUCAGGCUAAGCUCAAGAAACUUCUGCUCCAGUCGAACCAGCUGGUCUCCCUGGACGCAGAGCUGUUGAGCAGCCUGGGCGCCCUGAGCGAGCUGCGGCUCGACGGAAACCGCCUCCGUUCCAUCGCCCCCGGCGCCUUCGACCGCCUUCAAAACCUGGGCUCGUUGACUCUUUCCAGAAACCAGCUGGAGUUCCUGCCCGCUGGCCUCUUCCUUCACUCGCGCAAUCUGACCCUCUUGACCCUGUUCGAGAACCCGCUGGCAGAGCUCCCGGAGGUGCUUUUCGGGGAGCUGGCGGGCCUGCAGGAGCUGUGGCUCAACUGCACGCAGCUGCGCGCCCUGCCGGCCGCCGUCUUCCGCAACCUGAGUCGCCUCCGGGCCUUGGGGGUGACUCAGAGCCCGCGGCUGAGCGCGCUCCCGCAGGGGGCCUUCCGGGGCCUGGGCGAGCUCCAGCAGCUGGCCCUGCACGCCAACGGCCUGGACGCCCUCCCCGACGGCCUGCUCCGCGGCCUCGCCAGGCUGCGCCACGUGUCGCUGCGCCACAACAGGCUGCGGACCCUGCCCCGCGCGCUCUUUCACAACCUCAGCAGCCUGGAGACGGUCCAGCUCGACCACAACCAGCUGGAGACCCUGCCUGGAGACCUGUUUGGGGCUCUGCCCCGGCUUACGGAGGUCCUGCUGGGGCACAAUCCCUGGCUCUGUGACUGUGACCUGCGGCCCUUCGUGGGCUGGCUGCAGCAGCACCCAGAUCUCCAGAGCCAAGCUGAGCCCCCGCGGUGCCGCGUCCCCGGACCUCACGCUGGCGGGGCGCUCGGGGAUCUGGGGGAGCGUGACCUGGAGUGUCUGGCCCCCCAGCGCCCGCCUCCCCACACUCCCGCCAGCAGCUCCUCGAAAGCUGGGGUCCACUCGGGGGAACUGCCCACCAGCUCAGAGCCCUGGGAGUGGGCCCAGCAGGUGGCGGCGGGCGAGCGUCAGGGCCACCGCCGGUUCUUGGGUCUGUAUUUUCUGCUCUUAGGCAUUCAGGCGCUAGUAACCGGGAUCAUCGUGUAUGCUAUGAUUAAAAUCGGCAGGCUCUUUCGAAAAUUAAUCAGAGAGAAAGCUCUUCCUUGAGUGGCUGGAAAAACCUUGUAAUUCAUGAAAACGUGACCAGCGUCUUGUGAGAUGUGCUCUGGGGGACUAGGACAACUGCUGCC